AUGUCAACUGCUGGUUUAGCCAGGGACAGCUUCAAAUACAGAAAGAGUAGAUUGGAAGAAAUAUAUGGAGAAGAGGAGGAGAGCGAAAAAGUCCGUCAAAAACCGCCACAUCAUUUAUUAGAGACGCAGAUUUUUUCGUACUUGGAGAAAAAUGAGAUUCUCCGGGUCAAUCCUCAUCAAUUGUCGUUUUUGCUAAACAAGGGGCCGACGAAAAAGAAAGUAAAAAUUAUCAAUGCGUCGAGCACAAGAGCGAACUUCCAUAUAAUCGCACCAAUCAACACCAACCGUUGGCAGAUCUCGUACGAGAAACCAGAGGGUGGCGUAGUUCCGGGAAAGCAUGUGGAGAUCACGGUCAAUUUUAUCACGCCAACAAAGGAUGAUCUUGUCUCAGACAAUGUCUACCAGGACUCGAUCCGAAUCCACUGCGUCGGCCAAAACCUACUGGUUCCACUUUAUGCCUACCCUACAAUCGAUGCCGACAACUUCCCAAAAAAGAUAAACUUUGGCUCAGUCGCACUGGGCCAGUCUGCUGUACGUUCAAUUUCUCUCAAAUCCGAUUCACGCGAUGUCUUCACAUACACCUGCCAAAUUACGCCGCCGAAUCCAGUAUUUUCAGUUACACCCGCUUCAGGGAGCAUUGAAGGCAAUAAAGAAAUCGAGGUUGCCUUCAAUCCAACAGAAUUCGUCACAUGUUCGGCGACAAUGACGAUUCAGUUUUCAACUUUCGACCGUAAGGUGCUUCGCUGCGAGCUGAACGGCAACUGCCUUCCCGGUCUCCUUACUACUCAAAAGAAACGUGAAUUUGCGCUGGAAAAAGCACCGCUCGAAGAAGCAUACGUGUCGGAUCAAGUGAAGGAGUCAAAAAAGACGCUUGUGGACAAGUCGAUCAAGAAUGAAAUAACAGAGCUUCAUCGAAAGAAGAGAAGAGAAAUGGUGAAAGCUUCGACUUCAGACGUAGCUUCAAUGGACAGACUAAAACCGAGGCCACCAAGAAGCGAUUGCUCCCGUUCUGGCGCCGGCGAUCCUCCAGCUGAAAAUCUACAAAUCGGAGCAAUUCACCAUAUCAACAAAAUUCUCAACAGGAAAGAAAUUGUCCCUUCCAAUCUCGACGAGCACUUUGUCAAAUUUCAUUCGGCAACGACAGAAUUCCGCGCAAGACUGAGAAAAGCAAAAGAAGCUGAGAAGAAUAACAAGCUAAAAUGGCAAGUGAAAAUUGGUGAAGACAUCCCUGAGCCAGAAGAAAUUGAAGAAAUACAAAACAAACGAGAUGGGAGAAAAAUAAUCAUACAGGGACGAACUGAGCGAGAAGCAAACACAAAGCUAGAAUAUACUCCCGUAUUUGACCUCUACAGAAACUCACCAUGGCGUGGACGGCAUUUUGCAUUGGUCCGUUUUCAGCAGGCAGCACGAACAGUACUCAUUCGCAUCAGAGCGGAAGAUCGCCUCGUCUGUCUGCGAAAGCUGCUGUAUCUCGUGAACGAGCGAGGAAUGAGCAUAAGAAUGGCAGAGAUGAAACUGACGGGGUCAAUUGACGAAACUCAAAUUUACCAUAUCGCGAGUCCUCCUUCGCACCGCGAGUACGUCGUUGAUCAGACAUCGAGCUGCACGCUUUUCGACAAGUGGAGAGUCAGUGGAACCUUCCGAGAUCCCAUCGAACAAGAUUUGCUGCAGAUAACUCUUUCUGAUCCGCCAACGCCAAUCUACCAUUCGCUCCAAACUCCAACGUAUUUCAAACUUCAAGGAUAUGCAGAAAACGCAACGUACAACUGGGAAAAUAUGAUAUACGAGGAAGAAAAAGUGCACACGCCUUCAGAUUGGACACACGAAGACAUUGAUCUAAACAUACAAAGCUAUAACGAAACUGCUCAACAGAGCUUAGGAGUAGUCAAAGAACUACUGGAAGAAAUUCUCGAUAUUGUCUGGCAAGAAAGAGGAGAGGAAGAUUGCUAA